CAGGGCGUCCUCUUUGUUGAGAAAUAAUAAAUAGUCCCUGAUAAGAAACAAGGAAACAAACUGUUGACCUGCUUCUGCUUUUCAAGCCGUGUGGACUUUCCAACCUGUUGAAAGAGGAACAUCAGCGUCUAUAAAACCUGAGAGAAGCUUCAGUUUUUACCUUCAAACAGAAGAAACUCUCGAUCAUCCGGAUCAAACUUUCAGAGCUGAAGAUGAGAGUCGUCGUCGUGUUGCUGGCUGUGUUGUGCGUGUGUGAUGGCGAACAGUUUGGUCAGCUGUGCAGUGGAAACCCUACUAACAGAAGGAGAAUCAGCGACAGCUGGGGACAGGGACACUAUGGAGCCGGACGGGGCAGUAGGACGCAUAAAGGUCUGGAUAUCAUGUGCGAGGACGGAUCGGUGGUCUACGCUCCGUUUGACGUGACUCUGAAAGGGAAACUCACCGUCUACAAUGACCCCAGCAAAGACGCCAUCAACAGCGGCAUCAACUUGAGUGGAGGGGGUCUGAAUUUCAAGUUGUUCUACGUUCAGCCGGAUCAAGUCUCUGGAACUGUCAGGAAAGGGGAGAGGAUCGGCGUCAUGCUGCCGAUGCAGCAGGUUUACCCAGGAAUCACGUCACACGUCCACGUCCAGAUGACAGACAAGAGCGACCCCACACCGUACUUUAACUGAUCUACUCGCUGAGAAAACCUCAAACACACAUCUAUCACAUUAAAGCUUCUUAAAUCUUCCAAAAAUAAACUUCUAAAAAAUG